AUGCGUUUCUCCAUUGUUGGUAUAUCGGCCUGUCUCGCUGCCGUGUGUAUGGCAAGUGUCGUCGCCGAGACUACCAGCAUCGGUGAUGGCUUCAACCCAGCGCUGUUCGGUGCGCUUCCUGAAUGCGGUGCCUCGUGCUUACAUCAAGUCGGCGCGAACUUCGCCUGUGACACGAAUACCACCUGCGUGUGUACUGAUGGAAGUGUGUUACAUACCCUUGACAACUGCUUCGCGUACAUGUGUCCUUCCUUUGAAGCGGCAGUGUCUAUGAAGGUCCACUCUCUGGCCUGCGAUGCUCCUGCGCGGGAUAGAGCACCCAUCAUAACUGGAGUCGUCGUGACCCUCUUCGUUGUGGCUAGCAUUAUGAUGAUUCUUCGUAUGUCGGCUCGUUGUCCAUGGAUUGGAGGACCCGGAUACGGUGCAGACGACUACACGGUCCUCGUAUGCUACAUGCUAGCCAUUGGCAUGGUUGCAUUCCACUUCGUCCUAGUCGCAAACGGGUCCGGUCAGGAUUUCUUCAACCUGACCAUUCCCAAGAUCACCAACUUUCUAUUCUACUUUUACAUCGACCAGGCAUUGUACGCUCCAGCCAUAUUCGUCAGUAAAGCCUCCAUGGUGCUACUUUAUAUGCGGACCUGGCCAUCUUACGGACAAUGGACACUUUUCCGGUCAAUCUGCUGGGUCACCCUAGCCUGUAUCAUCAUAGCGACCGUGGUUGGGGAGUUUAUUGGAAUCUUCUACUGUAGUCCAAUUAGCGUCGCUUGGAGCUUGGAUAAAGAAGAGCGCAAGGACAAAUGUGUUGAUCUCGCUACUCAAGCUUUUGCAGUCGCAGCCGUUAGCAUUUUUCUGGACAUCGUCGUGCUCAUGCUACCAAUAUCGAAGCUGGUAGAGCUACCAAUCAGCGUCAGGCAGAAAUUUGCUCUUUGCUCGGUAUUCAUGGCCGGAGUAAUAGUCACCGCCCUCGCCAUCGUAAGGCUGAACUACAUCAGUGCAGUCGACGCAGACAUUCUGAACGUCACAUAUGAAUUCUCAAUCAUUGGCAUGUGGACCAUGGUGGAAGUCUUGCUUUCGGUGAUUUGCGUCUGCAUGCCUGCCGCUACGGGUUUUAUGCGAAGACUUUGCGGUCCCAGUCAUCGUUUCCCCAGCCGAUCGAGGUCGCAUCCUACGGAAUUGGAUCAGGAACAGCUUCGCACGCUCUCGGGUUCAAGUGUUGGCUUUCGAGGGAUCGAUGCGGCUGGUAAGGCGUUCACUCCGUGA